AUGUCGCAGAAGGUUCUGUUCAGGCAGCUUUUCGAGAAAGAGUCGUCCACCUAUACUUAUAUUUUGGGAUGCAAGAGAACUAAGAAAGCUAUCAUUAUUGAUCCUGUCGAUCUUACGGUGGAGAGGGACGCGAAAUUGUUGAAAGAGCUUGGACUGACGCUAGUGAAAGCCUUGAACACGCAUGUUCACGCAGAUCAUAUAACUGGCACUCAUCUUCUUCGGGCCCACUUUGAAGGGCUUCAGACAGGACUCGGAUCGGCGAACACGGCCAAGUCGGACGAGAAGUUUGAUGAUAAUUUUAAAAUUGAAGUUGGGGACAUCAAUUUGGAAGUUCGACACACACCAGGGCAUACAAACGGGUGCGUAACUUAUGUGGAUCACGAUGGCGGUGCCGCAUUCACAGGAGACGCUUUACUUAUUCGAGGAUGCGGAAGAACUGAUUUUCAAGAAGGCUGCUCGAAAACCCUUUUCAAAUCAGUUCACGAUCGCAUUUUCUCGCUGCCGGAGGACUUCAAGAUCUACCCAGCUCAUGAUUACAAGGGACAGACCUCGAGCUCUGUCCAUGAAGAGAAGCAAUUCAACCCAAGAUUGACCAAGUCCGAAACGGAAUUCGUCGACAUUAUGGAAAACCUCGGUCUUGCUUAUCCGAAGAUGAUCGACAAAGCUCUCCCCUGGAAUUUGAAUUGUGGCGUUGAGCCCGAAUGA